AUGGGACUAAAUAUCUUAAGUUCAUAUCUUCCUCUACUUCAAAAACAAGUACUAAUACAUUAUGUUGUGAACAUCCAUUAUAGAGAUUCAGACUUCGCCAAGUAAGUGACCGAAGCAUUUAAGCAGUUGGAGAAAAAAUAAAGCAAGAGACUAAGUGUAAACGCAAUGAAUGGCAAACUGACGGAAGAGCAUUUACUACCUACUCUAGUAAUUUAGGAUAGAUCAUCAGGAGAGAUUAUAACAUAGAUUUUCAACUUUGUGGAUCACUUCCCAACCAAACAGCAAGCUACAAUGGAAAAUGUGGAGAAGUUAUUGAGAAUUAGAGGAAUACUUGAACCUCUGCCAGGAAAGUAGAAAUAGUUUGAGAAUAAGAAAGAAGAAUAGGAAAAUUUAUUGGCAGUAGGAAGUAGUUAUCUGUAGAACUAGUUGAACAAUGAUGAGUUGGAGCAGAUGAACAAUUAUUUAAUGGAAAGUGAGAAAGUUUAGGAACUUGUGCUAGACGCGCGAACCAUAAACUACAAAUAAUGCCUGCUUGAUAGUUUUAAGCAGGUCCAAGAUCCCUUCUAGAUCGAGAUAGAAGACAUCAAUUUCGAUCAGAACCCUAACGAUCCAUCACAACUACAAAUGAACAUAAAGUUCAUUAAUUAGAAGUAUCAGCAAUGA